AGCCCUCCCAGCUUGGCCCCGUCGCUCUGCGUACCCCCAGGAGGACCUGCACUUUUCCAGGUACGAUGACCGAGCAGGACGUGGAGAAUGAGCUGCUGGACUACGAGGAGGACGAGGAGCCACAGGCGCCCACCGAGAGCACCCCAGCGCCCCCCACGGACGUCAAGGGCUCCUACGUGUCUAUCCACAGCUCGGGCUUCCGGGACUUCCUGCUGAAGCCGGAGCUGCUGCGUGCCAUUGUGGACUGCGGCUUCGAGCACCCCUCGGAAGUCCAGCAUGAGUGCAUUCCGCAGGCCGUCCUGGGCAUGGACGUCCUGUGUCAGGCCAAGUCUGGGAUGGGCAAGACGGCGGUCUUUGUGCUGGCCACUCUGCAGCAGAUCGAGCCGGUCAAUGGACAGGUCACGGUCCUGGUCAUGUGCCACACACGGGAGCUGGCCUUCCAGAUCAGCAAGGAAUACGAGCGCUUCUCCAAGUACAUGCCCAGUGUGAAGGUGUCCGUGUUCUUCGGGGGCCUGUCCAUCAAGAAGGACGAGGAGGUGCUGAAGAGGAACUGCCCGCACGUGGUGGUGGGGACGCCGGGCCGCAUCCUGGCCCUGGUGCGCAAUCGCAGCCUCAACCUGCGGAACGUGAAGCACUUCGUGCUGGACGAGUGUGACAAGAUGCUGGAACAGCUAGACAUGCGGCGGGACGUGCAGGAGGUCUUCCGGCUGACGCCGCACGAGAAGCAAUGCAUGAUGUUCAGCGCCACCCUGAGGAAGGAGAUCCGGCCCGUGUGCAGGAAGUUCAUGCAGGAUCCCAUGGAGGUGUUUGUGGACGAUGAGACGAAGCUCACGCUGCACGGGCUGCAGCAGUAUUACGUCAAGCUCAAAGACAGUGAGAAAAACCGGAAGCUCUUCGACCUGUUGGACGUGUUGGAGUUCAACCAGGUGGUGAUCUUCGUCAAGUCGGUGCAGCGCUGCAUGGCGCUGGCCCAGCUCCUUGUGGAGCAGAACUUCCCAGCCAUUGCCAUCCACCGGGGCAUGGCCCAGGAAGAGCGCCUGUCACGCUAUCAACAGUUCAAGGACUUCCAGCGGCGCAUCCUGGUGGCCACCAACCUGUUCGGCCGAGGCAUGGACAUCGAGCGCGUCAACAUCGUCUUCAACUACGACAUGCCCGAGGACUCGGACACCUACCUCCACCGGGUGGCCCGCGCAGGCCGCUUCGGCACCAAAGGCCUGGCCGUCACGUUCGUGUCGGACGAGAACGACGCCAAGAUCCUCAAUGACGUCCAGGACCGCUUUGAGGUGAACGUGGCCGAGCUGCCCGAGGAGAUCGACAUCUCCACAUACAUUGAGCAGAGCCGGUAACGUCACACCCUACGCUGCACACGGCCCCCUCCCCUGCGACAAGGCUGUAAACUUGUAUAAGAAUAAACUUUUAUUAAG